AGUACGUUAAGAUGACGUUGCCACAGCCCGACUCGCCGAAUUUCUUCUCUCAAAUUUCUCACACGUUUCCUGUGGUGACGCAAGAUGGCAAGAUUGAGACGGAGAUGUUCCUUGAGGCGUCGAAGUCCUUUAUACAGAUAUACGAUCUGCUGGGAGCGGCGUUCUAUGUAGUCAAGAAGGACAUGUCUGGAAAUAUUGAGAAGAUCUACAAAGCAUACAACUGCAACCCAGAAAAAAACAAGUAUCUCAAUGACUUAGUAUGUGAAGAAAAGGAAGUGCACGAUUCAGUUACGGUAGAUGCCCUUCUCUGGCUCAAGAGAGCGUUGGAGUUCACCGUAAUAUUCAUUAAUGGGAUUUGUGAUGAGUUUGAAAAGGGAACGGGAUCAGAGAGGCUGGACCACCUGGCGACAGAUGCUUACAACGUCACCCUGAAAAAGUACCACAAGUGGAUUAUCCAAAAUAUCUUCAAGAUGGUGGUUAAGUCAGUCCCCACUAGAUCAGUGCUGGUCAAAGCCCUGUACUUUGGUAAGGGGGGUCCAGAGGAAACGCUGUUCAAAGACUGCAGAGUUUACAUCAAACAGCUAGAGACCAAUCUCAGUGUGAUAGUACAAAUGUAUGAUGAAUGGGGCCUUAACAAUGAUAACAAAGUUUAAGAGUCUGGUGCAUUGGCAGAGUGUUUUGUUUUUUAUAUAUAUUUAUGUAUAUAUGAGAGAUUUCACUUAACUUGUUCAUCUCGUACGUUGAUUUUGGGCAUUUUUUUUUUUUUUUUCUUAAACUUUAGUUUGGACUGUGUAGAAAAGUAGUGGAAGCUGGCAGAUUAGCAUUGUUAUUUUUAUUGCUGUAGGUUUUGUUAUUAUUAUUAUUAUUAUUUUAUUGUUUUUUUUGUCCUUAUUUGUUAUUAGUUUCAUUUUAUUUUUUAUUAUUAUAUAGAAGAGAACCUUAUUUUGCAAAAAAAUAUAUAGAUUUAGCAAAAUGUGUAUAUAUGAUAUAUAUGAACUACUCUCUAACAUUUAUAGUAACAAGGAAACCACUAGUACUAUCAUAUUUAUAGAGCACAUACAUUCAAGAUACCAAGCAUGUUGUUGUGAAGCACCACAGAAACUUUUAAUGUGUGCAGAGAAAUCCAUGUUUAAGGGGACACAUGUUUUAUAUAUAUACAUAACAGAAAGCUGUGCAUAUCAUAAAUUAGGACGACAAACAGAAGGUCGAACCAUUCAGAACCAUACGGCAACUGCACAGUGGUCAUUAAUAAGUGCGCACAUGCUUGGGUGUAUGCGUCAAAAGGUGCGCAAGACACUAGGUCUCAUGGAAAACCCAUCACAGUGACAUUUACAGAUUGUACCUUGAAGAAAUCUUGCCUCUGCAGCACCAUUCAUAUACAUCUAUUAUGUGAUCCUGGGACCAACAGUUGUUAUUUGUGUGUGGAGUUUAAGCAAGUCAGCUGUUCAAGAUGUGCUCGCAUUUUUGAAGUAGCGGUUGUGAGUUCAAGGAGAUUUAAUUUUUAUUUAUUUCCUUAUUCUUAAUCAAUUUCUAAUCUUGAAGCAGGUUGUACCAUACCUGAAACCUAACUAACCUCUUUACAAAACAAGUAUUUUAGAAAUCAGGAAAAGAUUUUCUUCUUACGAGUCAACAAGGUGUAAAGUUGUAUGUCAUUGUGAAUUUUGUAAUCACAUUGCAUUCUUGCACAACAUUGAUAUUUCAACUAAGAAAGGGGUGUAUUUACAUUUAUCAUGUUAUCAUGUCUAAGUACACCACAUGGGCACCAAUCAAGAAAAGGUCUCCUAGCUGUAAAUAUGUGCUUCUGGUUUUGUAUUUUCCUCGUGCUGGAAGAAAGCACAAGAAAACAGAGUACAGGAGAUUCACAGCCAAAUAUUGUAACAGAAGCAUUUACGGUUACAUUUACCCAGCUUAGCAUUUGUUGUAGCAGCAGUUCCUCCCACCAGAUUUCUUUUCAGUGUAUUUUAUGGAUUUACUGGAGGGCCAUUGGCAUGUGGUCAUUUUUUAUACAAAUUUUUAAAUAAAGAAGUGGGAUUGUUUAGUGGGAUGUUGUUAGUUG